AUGAGAUUCUCUUAUACUAUUAUCCUCGGAACUUUUGCAUUCUUUGAGACCGCCCUUUCUCAAUCCAAUGGGCCUGUGUCCAGCAUCAUUGUCACAGAGACGUCAUGCCCUCCUCCUGAACCCUCAGAAUCAUCUGUCAGCCAUGAAUCUACCUCUUUUACCACCGUGACAACUACAUACUGUCCUCCAACUGAAUCUACUGCAGUCUCCACGAGCGCCGAGGAGACCACCUACACUACCGUACUCUCAACGAUAUCCUCUCAAGAGUCUCCAUCUAGCGUCGUGGUUACAAGUGUCUACGAGACUAGAUUUUCCACAUUGACGUCUACCGUGUGCCCUCCUAUCUCAGAGACGUCGAUUCCACCAGUAGAGUCGACUGUGGUUCCUCCAGUAGAGUCGACCGUGGUUCCCCCAGUUGAAUCAACUGCCGUCCCACCUGUGGAGUCCACUGCCGUCCCACCAGUCGAGUCCACAGCCGUUCCUCCAGUCGAAUCCACUGCCGUCCCACCUGUCGAGUCCACUGCUGUCCCUCCUACUGAAUCCACUGCUGUCCCACCUGUUGAGUCCACAGCCGUUCCUCCAGUCGAAUCCACUGCUGUCCCACCUGUUGAAUCCACUGCCGUCCCUCCUACUGAAUCCACUGCUGUCCCUCCUGCUGAAUCCACUGCCAUCCCACCAGUCGAAUCCACAGCCGUCCCACCAGUCGAGUCCACAGCUGUUCCUCCAGUUGAAUCCACUGAGGCGUCAACAAUUUCGACAGCCAUUUCUACCGAGCAGGUCUCUACUCAAACUACCCCUGUUUCCACCACAUAUGCUUCGACAGUGGAAACCUCAGUUGUGAGCACUCCAAUCUCCACCUCUGCUGAAAUUACGAUGACCGCCCCAGUGGUUGAGACACACAAUGUUGCGGCUUUUGCCCGUCCUGAAUUUGGUGCUGGCCUACUCGCGGCUGCUGCCUUCCUCCUUUGA